GGAACAGCAUCAGUAGAGGAUUGUCUUAAGAUUCCAGGUCUCUCCUACAAUGGAUUUCCCCUUCGACGUGAACGCGCUUUUCCCCGAGAGAAUUACAGUGCUGGAUAACAACUUGAGUGCAGGUCGGAGAGCGCAUGGGAGACCAGAUCCUCUUCUUCAGAUCAGCACAGUUAUAGAUGAGCUGGGCAAAGCCUCCUCUAAGGCCCAGCAGCUGCCUGCUCCUAUAACCAGUGCUGCAAAGCUCCAGGCCAACAGACACCAUCUCUACCUCCUGAAAGAUGGAGAACAGAACGGCGGGAGGGGUGUUAUUGUUGGAUUUCUGAAGGUUGGCUACAAGAAGCUGUUUUUACUUGACCAACGGGGGGCGCAUUUGGAGACCGAGCCAUUGUGUGUGCUGGAUUUCUAUGUGACAGAGACAUUGCAGAGACAUGGCUACGGGCUCCAGCUCUUUGACUUCAUGCUCAAACACAAACGGGUGGAGCCUGAACAGAUGGCGUACGAUAGACCUUCUCCUAAAUUCCUGUCAUUUCUAGAAAAGCACUAUGAUCUCAAGAGCAGUGUGCCUCAGGUGAAUAACUUUGUGGUGUUCAGUGGAUUCUUCCAGAGUAGAUCAGGAACACCUCCCACCCCUUUGACGGAUCAGGGGAUGUACGGAUUUUUCGGUCCAAUUGAGAAAAGUUCCCCCAAAAAAGCCAGAGGGAGAGAUCAAACCGUAUUCACUGAUGGAAAGAGAAGUGGUUCGGCAGGAGCAGAGGGCUCUCCCCUGGCCGUUCAUUCACCCCGCGGGUCCCCCCCACUCUCCCCGUCUGCUUCCGUCAUCUCCGCAAUCCCGUUCGCUCAGUGUGGGAUCCUCCCCCAGCCGGGCCCCGCUCCGGCCCGCCGCGGCCCCCGGGACCCCCUCCUCCCAGCUCAGCGACAGCUGCAGGGCAAAACGCACCAGCCAUCAGGGUCUGGUUGCCAGGAGCAACCUCUACAGUCGCCCUAUCAACAGCCGAGAACUCAGGCAGUUAUUGGCGGAAGAGCAGAACCCCUUGAAGCUUCCAGACCACAUCCUCAAGGCCAGGUUGUGUUCUUUCCGACACAUACCACCCCAAAGAAAGAUCACGUACAGGAACAGGCCUCCAUAACAGCCUUGGAACGCAAAGAAGAGCCGCAGACCAAAGUGUCACAGAACAGAGAAGAGGACUGGAGGAGAGGUGGAGCGGCUGCGAUGGAGAGGGGCGGAGGGAGAGGUGGAUGGUCCUGGACGGUUGGGGAGAGUCACUGUAUGGUCCAGUGGGUCCGACAGAAACAAGAGUAUCGCAGCACACGGCCCUGGUGACAGAAAAUGUUAAAGGGGUCAUCGGAUGCCCAUUUUCCACAAGCUGAUAUGAUUCUUUAGGGUCUUAAUGAAAAGUCUGUAACAUAGUUUGGUUAAAACUUCUCAAUGGAAGUGUAAAACAGCAGUCUUUUUACCCUGCCAAAACAGGUCUUUUCAGAGCAAGCGGUUUUGUAGCAUUUUCCUUUAAAUGCAAAUGAGCUCUGCCGACCACUGGGUGGAUUUUUAUCAUUAUAGGGUGGUUGUGUACACACACUGCCAACACACAUUUCAGUUCAAACAAAGUGCAUGUGCAUCCGAUGACCCCUUUAAGAAGAGAAUGAACUGUCGGACAUCGCAAAGAAAUGAGAAUAAUAAAGGGAGAAAAAUAAUUUUUAAGAAUUUUUAUUAAACCACAAAAGUGAAAAAAGACCUUUACUGAAAAAAACAUCAGCAGCUAUUUGUAACUUUUUUUUUUUUUUUUUAUCAGUCCUGUUUAUAAAUGUUUCACCUAUUCAUUUUAUGGCUUGUGCUUUUAUAAUCACAAUUUUAUGAUGUAUUAUAAUGUUUUACAAAAACAGGUCAAUGCAAAAGAACAGAAUUUUUUGUGAAAAUUUAAUUAAACGGUGGAACAUUUGUUCUGUUCGAUUCAUUUAUAUCGCUGCUCUCAAACAACAUAAAUACUUUGACAGUCAAACUGAUGCUCAUUCUUGUACAGCAAUCACAUAAUUCAAUGAAUCCCUUAAGGAAAUCCUUUAUAUUAUACUCAAAACAGAUUAAACCCUUGGAAAACAUUUGACCAAGGACAUUAGUAGCAUGUCUACAGUAAUAAUACAUGUACCGUCUGUAAGUCACAGCUGACAUCAUCAACAGACACUAAAAUACAAACAUCACAAUUUUUUUUUUUUAAUCUGUGCGUUCAUCUGGAAUAUACAUUUCAAAAAUGUUCCCUCUCAGAUGUUCAAGUUGACAUUUUUGUGAUCUGCUCUUUUUAAGAUGUUCUUCAGUUGUUUAAUAAUAAGAAUACAGUGCUAAGUGCUAAUACAGGUCAUUUCCUCUUUAACUGAUGCCUUGGAAAUGUAUUUGUGCUUACUGGGAUGGUAUUAGUGCUGGUGUCAAGCCAGUUUGCUCAAGCAGGAUCCCAUUCAGUGUCUGCAUUUUAAUCCUGUCAACUUGUGACAUUUCCCUGCAACACGCUCUACAGAGUAUUACUUAUGUAUGUGUGAUGAUUUAAAAAAGGGCCAAACUCUGUGAUAGACCUUUGAUUUCAAUGUGUAUAGUCACACGAGUACAGCUUUAAUAUGCAAUCUGUGAUCAUAAAAUCACAAUAUGCUAAUGCACAGGGUUUAAUAUGUCUCAAACAUUUUAAACUCAAUCUGGCCGUCUGUCAAGCCUACAAGGAAGUUUUCACCUUUUAUUUAAAGUACUUGUGUUCAUAUUGCUUAUAUAGAUAACAGUCUAUUUUAAUUUUGUCUUGGUGAGAGCUUGAGAUUUUGUUUGAAUGUGUAUUUAAGUAUAAUAUAGAAUUAUUUAUUGGAAAGAAAUUUGAGGAAUGAGUCAUUAGUGCUGCUCCUUCGUAACUACACAUACAGUUGAAGUCAAAGAAUGGUCUGACCCUGAAGUCACCCUAAUGAGUGCUCCAGCCUUUCACUGAACAGCCCAUUCUUGCCAGACGUGUUUUUCCCUUGUUGACUGUCAACAUGCCAAAUGUCAGCACUUUUUUCCCCAUUGCAUGUCCCUUUAGACCCUAUGCAUUCAAGUUCAAGACAAUCGCAUCAUCCCUGCUCGUCUGCUUCCCUUUUUUUCACUAAAACGUUCUUCAGUAGUUUAGAUUUAUUUUUUUUUCAUCAUAGAGACACAUUUGCGGUCUCCGCUGUCCAGGCAUGAU